AUGGCAAGUUCUUCAGCAUCAGCAUUUUCUGAUGAGAUUCCAAACAACAAUGUCCAGGGAAGUUGCAUAAUCGAUGUCCCUUUCUCACCUUUACCAUCAUGCAACUUAUUUGACAUGCCGCCACCACCAUCACUAUCUGAUCAUCAAGAUCAAAAUGAUGGUUCUUUUGCUGGUUACAUGGACAUGCUGAGCUCAGAUGAUUUCAAUUUCAACGCUUCUUGGUUCUCAAACUUCAACUUUGAAAUCGGUACGUCAGAAUCACUACCUGCUGCCACCCAAACUGACGUGCAGCUGCCUCCUUUGCCGGUUCUGUCCCCCGUUGCAACGUCUGAGAUUUUGAAUAAUGUGGCGACUCCUGCCUCGGGUUCCUCUUCGAAUACCUCAUCACCGAAUGAGGCUGGUGUUGUUGCUAACAAACCGGUUGUUGCAAGAGCUGAGAAUGAAGAUGGACGUGAAUUUGUUGAAGGAAAAGAAGUUGAAGCUAAGGAUCACGGUGGAGAUCGUCGAAUCGAAGUGGUGGAGAAUCGAAAUGAUCAAAAUCAGACUAAGAAACCGGUGAAACCAAAGACGGACAAGAAGAAGCAAAAAUUGAAGAAAGUUAUUUUCAAGACACAAACUGAAGAAGAUUACUUAGAUGAUGGUUAUAGGUGGCGCAAGUAUGGCCAGAAACCUGUUAAAAAUAGCCCUUUUCCCAGGAGUUAUUACCGUUGCACCACCCCCGGUUGUGAAGUGAAGAAGCACAUAGAGCGUUUUGCGCUUGAGCCUUCCAUGCUGCUAACCUCUUAUGAAGGCAAGCACACCCACCUAGCUCCAAAGGUGAAGCAUGUUUCACGCCUUGAAAUCAUGCAUGAUGCGAUAGCUGCUGGUGACCAGAAAAUCCACCGUAAAAAGAUCAAAACUGAUGGCGUUGGUGUUGCUGGAAACAAACUUCCAAUGUCGCAGUCGCAACCACAACAGUUUCAGAACCAGAAUCAGAAUGUGAUACUUCAACAGCCUGCAUUGCAUCCAUUGUUAUACAAUAAUGGUUAUCAUAACUCCUUCAACGUCGCUCCAACUUCGAAUGUUGUUAACUAUGCUAACAACUCUCCACCUUUGAAUGUUGUUAACUCUUCUGCUGCUGACAAUUUUCCAUCUUUGAAUGUUGUUAACUCUGCUGCUGCCGAAAAUUCUCCACCUUUAAAUGUUAUUAACUCUGCUGGCUAUUUCUUCAACUCUUCGAAUGUUGUUAACUAUGCUAACAACUCUCCACCUUUGAAUGCUGUUAACUCUUCUGCUGCUGAUAAUUCUCCAACUUUGAAUGUUGUUAACACUGCUGCUGCUGACAAUUUUCCAUCUUUGAAUGUUGUUAACUCUGCUGGCAAUUUCUUCAACUCUUCGACAUCAUUUAGUGAAUUCCUUCAGAAUCUAGGUGGAUGCAAUUAUUCAUUGUGGACAGGUAAUUUGAGGAGCAACGAUGGACUUCUUGAGGACGUGAUCAUGCCAAGGGAGACGAGAGGAGCUUGGGCUGGAGCUGGAGCGGGAGCAGUAGCAGGAAGAUGA